UCAAGCGACAAGAUAUGUACCUCGGACAUCGGAAGCACUCUUUAAAUGUACGCUGUUCAAUUUAGAUUAGGACUAUCAAAUCAUUUUCAUAUUAUUGACAGUUGCUACAGAGUUGAAAAUGUAUAAGACAUUCUGGAUGGGUUUUAUCGCUUCAAUUUUGCUGUCAUUUGUAUCAUUUGUAUGUGCUGAACCGAAAGCUCCAUCAUCUCCAUGUGAUACAAACCCUUGUUCAAACGGCGGCACUUGCAAUUACCAGCCGCCUACAGGCAAAUCCACAUUUACUUGCACGUGUUCUCCAAAUUACUCAGGAGCAUUAUGUGAUCAGGAGAUAAUUGAUGACAGCUUGUCCGACGGAGAAAUAGCAGGAAUCGUAGUUGGAUGUGUGGUGCUAUUAGUACUUAUUGUUGUCAUUGCUAUAGUUAUUUGGAAAUGUUGUUGUAAAAAAUCUAAAAGCGUGCCAAUGUGAUGAUAUCUCAAUUCCGUGAAAUUCAAAUAUAAACAGUCAUCAAAUCAAAGAAAACAGAUUCCGUCCUAACUAUGAAUGAAUUAAUGAUAGCUAUAUAAACUCCUUAAUGUUUUAGUAACCUAUUUCUAAUUUAAUACAAAUAUUUUCAAUCAAA